CAGCGGCGACGGCGCGCCGGAGGUGUCAUGAGGAAGAUGGCGGCGUCCAGGGGAGCUUGAGGGCUGUGGGGAGGUACUGUCAGGUUUCCGUACAACUCGAGCGUGCUGUUUCCUGCGCUUGGUGUCUCUCACCGCGCGUCCUCCCAGGUCCUCAGGCGCCAUGUGGAGGAGCUGCCUUCGGCUGCGGGACCGGGGGCGCCGUCUCCUAACUUGGCCCCCGGGUGACCCCACCGCCUCCGCAAGUUUGAGGCUGCCCCUACAGUCUCCAGCCCGGGCCUACGCGCCACCGACAGAAAGGAAGAGGUUUUAUCAGAAUGUCAGCAUCACACAGGGUGAAGGUGGCUUUGAGAUAAACCUGGACCACAGAAAACUGAAAACUCCCCAAGCCAAGCUCUUUACCGUCCCCAGCGAGGCCCUGGCCAUUGCAGUGGCCACUGAAUGGGACUCUCAGCAUGAUACCAUCAAGUUCUACACCAUGCACUUGACCACAUUGUGCAACACAUCCUUGGACAACCCAACUCAGCGCAGCAAGGAUCAGGUGAUCCAGGCAGCUGUGAAGUUUCUGGACACUGACACUAUCUGCUACAGGGUAGAAGAGCCAGAGACAUUAGUGGAACUCCAGAAGAAUGAGUGGGAUCCAAUCAUAGAAUGGGCCGAGAAGAGAUAUGGCGUGGAGAUCGGCUCCUCCACCAGCAUAAUGGGACCCAGCAUCCCUGCCAAGACUCGGGAGGUGCUUGUCAGCCACCUGGCAUCUUACAAUAUGUGGGCUCUACAAGGGAUUGAGUUUGUGGUAGCCCAGCUCAAGUCCAUGGUGCUAACCUUGGGCCUGAUUGACCUGCACCUGACGGUGGAGCAGGCUGUCCUGCUGUCCCGCUUGGAGGAGGAGUACCAGAUCCAGAAGUGGGGCAACAUUGAAUGGGCCCAUGAUUAUGAGCUGCAGGAGCUGCGGGCCCGCACUGCUGCUGGCACCCUGUUUGUCCACCUCUGCUCAGAGAACACCACGGUCAAGCACAAGCUCCUGCAGGAGUGAGGCCUGUGCUGCACAUGCCAGCUGGAUGAAUUCUGCACAGCCACAGCUUCCUUUCCCUGCGGCUUUCCUGACCUGCACAGCUGCUCUGGCCUGCUACUGUGGGCCCCUUCUGACCUGCAGGCCUUGGCCUUGCAUAGCAUUUCCCUGAGGCGCCCCUGAUACGCAGUGUGGCUCUCCAGAGGUCAGCCUGAUUUCAGCCCAGGUGUACCUGGCCUGGCCAGCAUCGAAUGAGAGGGAUAAGUUGUACAAAUGACUUUCUCUUGACCCUGAUUUUAUUAAAUAUUUCUCCACACUGGAAA